AUACAAGUGUAUUUUGCCUUUCUAGAUCUCAAUUCUCAGCCCAAAAUUCAGCAAACGUGAAAAGAAGAAGAGGAACAAGAGAGGAAUCUUAAUUGUCGCUUGAUUUCAUCAUCGGAUUGGUCUGCCCUUCCUUCCCGGCUGGUAAAUCAUCAAAAGUAGCGCAUUGUUUAGGUCCUAGAGAUCGCAGAAGGCACACAUGCUAGCAUGGAGUCUGAGAGGGAACAUUUCAACCUCUCAGGACCCUUGCACUUAACUUUUGUUGAUUGGUCUAAUGCACACCAUCGAAGAUCCGUCGCAGCCAGUUUAGUCCAAGGCGUCUACAUUCUAGAGCGAGACCGCCAGCUCAAACGUGAACAUCCAAUCGCCCUUGCACCACCGUGGUGGGAGUUUUUCCACUUCAAGUUGCUCCGGCAGCUGGUAGACGAUGCUGAUCACUGCACCUUCGGCGCCAUCUACGAGUACAGGCCACCAACGCCUCAUGGCCACCAGUCCCUCGAUGCAAGCCCACGUUAUGUGAUCGCCUUCCGGGGAACCCUAACCAAGGCUGAAUCUUUCGCACGAGACGUCGAGCUUGACCUCCACAUCAUCAGAAAUGGGCUCCACGAGACAUCCCGGUUCGAGAUAGCAAUCCAAGCAGUACGUAACAUGGUGGCUUCCGUAGGGGACUCCAAUGUCUGGCUGGCUGGACACUCCCUAGGAGCAGCCAUGGCAAUGCUGGCAGGGAAAACAAUGGCCAAGAAUGGAACUUUCGUCCCGGCAUUCCUCUUCAACUCGCCAUUCCUCUCUGCCCCCAUCGAGAGGAUCAAGGACAAGCGAGUGAAGCAUGGGAUUCGGAUCGCCAGCAGCGUGAUCACUGCAGGCCUCGCAUUCGCUUCCAAGAGGAACUACAACAACCAGCAAGCAGACAGUCGAUCUGUGGCUACUGAUCCCUUUGCAGCUCUCUCGUCGUGGGUCCCCUGUGUGUUUGUCAAUCCAGGGGACCCGAUAUGCUCGGAGUACGUGGGGUACUUCGAGCAUAGGAAGAAGAUGGACGAGAUUGGGAUUGGAGCGAUUGAGAAGCUGGCGACUCAGAACUCGCUGGGCGGGCUGCUGAUGAGUGCAAUGGGGAGGGAUUCGGAGGCGUUGCACCUUAUCCCGUCGGCAGUGCUGGCUGUGAACUUGAGCCCUGCGCAGGAUUUCAAGGAAGCUCAUGGGAUUCAUCAGUGGUGGAGGCCGGAUUUGCAGCUGCAAUCCAACAUUUACAAGUACACCUAGACUUGUUGGUUGUGUCUGGCAGAAUUUGCGUCACAUUUGAUUCUUUCAUUGAUUCAUUUUCCUUUUCUUGCCCAUAUUUAAUCUGAUCAUCCAUUGUGCAUAUGUGUUGUUUGGAUUUGGAGCUCCAAAGAAACUGGAUUUGUAUGGUCUGAUUCUGAUGGUUGUGUUGCGAAACUGUCAUUCUG